CGUUAGCGCGCGAGCAGCCCGAGAGCCAACCUCCGCAUCCGCAGCGCAGCCGCGAUCAUCCGGCAAUCCUCUCAGUCCUCGUUUGACCCUCAUCCGCUCGUGUUUACGGUUUCCCCGUCAGCUGAGGCCGAGGGUUCCUCCGCCCCCUCCGCCCCCGCCGCCGUCCACAGGGUGCCUUCACCCCUGCCCCCGCCGAACCCCGUGUGAGUGUGUGCGGUAUCAGCCAUGUUCGCAGCGAAUCCGAACUUCGAUGAUAAAAUUGGCGCGCGAAUUGCCCAAUCGCGUAGUGGUGCAUCGCGACUCGCGGUAAUAGUGCGUUUGAAUCAACGCUGAAUGUGAGUGCAGCGCAGUGUAAAUCAACUCAGUUUCAGUGUUCAGUGUUCUCUUAACACGUCAAAAAUUAUAUCCCAAGUGGUCGGUCUAUGUUUCUUACCACGAAUGGUAGCCGCGUUCGCUAAAAAUUACUAAAACAGUGGUGGUUCAAUUUUAUCCGCUAAAAAUUGAUACCAACGAGGUGGCGAAACUUUACGCACUGGGUCACACGGCAAUUAUUCAAUGAUUCCAUUUGGCAGUGUGACUAUAUUGAUUUGGGAACCGGUGUAAGUUAGUUUCAACGGUGAAAAUGUUACGGAAGUUCGAAACGGAGUUUAGUAUGGGGCUACCAACGGUAAAACUCUCGUUCGUGUUCGUGUAACGUUAUGGGCUCUUUCGGGAAAAGAGCGGCAACUCAAGAUACGCUGCCAAGGUCGUUGAGUGGCAAACAAACACGCAUGUUUACUCUAAACAAGUCGGAACUUACUGCGCGGGAAAAAUAAGUUCAGAACUUGUGGCAUCACAGCGGCAUCUUGAUUUUUGCGACGCAUCCUUUCAAAUUCAGCGAUGAUACUGUAAAAAAUUACAAUGAAUUGUAUUUCAGACUGCCAUUGGUUUAAAAAGUAAACACUGAAGUCAGGUCAAAAAGGUGCAGUUAAAACCGUGCUCAGGUUCGAAUACCCUGUUCGAUCGUGGCAAAUCCAAACUUGUUGGUUUUGAUCUCCGUGCCAAAUACUCCCAACACCCUGUCCUGUGACAGUGACAUUUUUAUGGAGGCCGGGUCUCUGCGUCACUAUAACGGGUUUCCGGGGGACAAGUUUUAACUCGAUGCUGAAGUGCUGAUUGAUCGGAUCUGACGUCAGAGUUUAGUGCUCAUCGCGCAUCCAACGUCCUCUGACGCAUGUCUCUCCGGAAGUCAAAGGAAACGUCAUAGUUUCGCUAUUGUGGGGUUGAAAAUGAGCUCUGAAAACUUUCCAGUUUACUUUGCAGGGACCGAAUACUUGAAUUUCUCCAGCAAAGGUGUGUGAGAUGGCGGAGGGCGUUCGGCGUCGGCUGUUCCAGGACGAGGAGCCGGUGGCCGGGACCGGAGGCUCCGGGGGGCGCGGGCGGGGCUCGGAGCCGGGGGCCGGCGAGGGCGAGAACAUCACCAACAGCCUCCUGGAGCAGAUCAAGCUGGAGCAGGAGGCGGCCCGCGACCGGUGGAACUUCGACUUCGAGAAGGAGGAGCCGCUGCCCGGGCGCUGGGAGUGGGUCCGCAAGGGCGAGUCCCGCUUCGAGAACUUCGGCGAGGACCAGGACGAGUACUUCCUCGCCCGGGAGCAGCCGGAGGCCCCCGACCAGGACAGCAACCACAGCGACGUCUUCCUCGACGCCCACGCCUCCAUGACCCUCGCCCAGGACGACCCGGGGCAGGAGACCCAGAGACCGCAAGAGAACGACAGCCGCGCCGACGAUUCCGGCCCCAUGCGGUAGAGUAAGACCAAGUUUACAUCUUUGGUGAUUAGGAAACUGCCCUCACUUGAGGCACUUAAGAUCAAAACCUCAGGGCGGUCUGGCCAGGGGUGCUAGGGUGUCAUAGCAUCCCAGAAAUUUGGCUCAGGGGACCCCCAAAACUUGGAAACCCCGCAUGAAGGAGUACUUUUGGUAAGUUACUGGGGUUAAACACGAGAAAGCGGACCCCGAAAUCGUAUCCGCACCCCCAAGGAUGUUCGAGCCAAACCGACACUGCCCCUAUCUCCAGCUCCGGGCCGAGUAUUGAACGUUUAAAGAAGUCCGACAGUGGCGUGGCGUGCUUUGCGAUAUAUCGAUUGAGUUACCAUUUAAACCUGUGGGAAAGGAUCGAUUAUUAGGGUGUUCGCAGCGAACACCCUAAAAAUCGAUUCUUUAUCACAGCUCAAAAGGGAAAAUAUCGAUAAUCGAUCAUUCACGCCUCGCCACUGAAGCCCGAAGACCUCAAAAUGCGAUAUAUUGCUUGUUUAAGAUAGAGCUGCGUGUAGUCUUGUCAUGUAACGUAGUUUCAAUAUUCUGGCUGCUGAAAUGAUUGUUUGAAAUCUUCGAAAAACUGUUUUUCUCUACCCAGGACCAUGCCAGCAGCCAAUUUUUUAAAAUCUAGUGUCUGUUGAUUAGACAAGAGGAGACAAUGGAAGAAAUGGAGUUUUGUGAUUGGUCAGCUUCGUCAGUCGUAUUUUUUGUCGUGGCGGAUUUGACGACGAAGUAACGGAAACCCAAGAGGUGACUUUAGCUUCUCGUUGAUUCCACCCUGUCAUAGGCACGAGAAAGAGGUUAAUAGACAAAGCAGAGUAACCAAAUGACACCAUUCCUCCAUAGUUCUGUUUAGUACCGUUGAACAUCACGAAAUUUCAAAAAUCAGGCCUGAGGAGUUCGGAUUGAAUUUCUCGAAAAAAAAAGGAUUUUACCGAUUUGAUUCUACAAGACUAUGUAAUUCUGAAAAGCCUAAACAUGGAAAGCAAUAAUCCAACAUAACCUCAUUUCUUGGUGAAAAAGUAAAUAUUUUAGGUUUUGAUCUUUGGUGCCUUGCUUUUUUGAUAUCCUUCUCGUUCUUUAAAAGGUGAUGAAGGAUCUCACAAAGGGUGGAGCCCCUAGGAAAUACAUGCAAGUAUUUUUUUUUUUAAAAAAAAAAAACCUCUCGAAAACUUAUUAAUUGUCUCCAUCAAGUUUUUGCUGAUACUUUGAUGGAAAUUUUUGACUUAAACUCGCUCUAGUCCACAGAGUCUUUUGGAUGCUCUAAGAGACUUUUAAUGAAAAUAUAUUGUAAAAAUGCAAGUAUUAGAACGCUGAAAUAAGGUGCCUCAAAUUAUCGUAUGAUUCGUUUCAUAACGAAGUUUUUCCAGUCCGACUCAUAUGAAACAAUACCGCAGUACGUUUACCAGGAAAAUUCGCACGGAAUCGCUUUAUAUCAUCUCAGAAACUCAUAGCUCAUCCAGAGUCUGAAUUUUUAAGAAAAGAACAAAGUAUGAUGUUAUAGAAAUACUUAAGCAAUAAAUUACAUGCUUUCUUCAAGUUUUAGUUUCCGGAUGGAUUUUUUUCAAAUGUAUUUUUUGUCGCUAUUUUUAAUAGCUUUUUUAACUAUAGACUUAUGGGUAUGUUUUUCAAGAAUUAUAUAUCCUAUCUGAAUUUCAUCGGAUAUGGUGGUGCCUAGAAGACCAUACCGAUCUAUGUUAUAUCAGACUAAAUAUCAUUAUUGUGAAAUAUUUAUUUCUAUCUACUUAAAAAAGUAGCCUUGUUACAAAGUUGACAAAUUUUAUCUCAAAGGUGACUUCAUCCACUUAGCUAGUCAAAACCCCACAAAUUUAUGUAUAUUCUAGAUUUCUAUUUUAUUCGAGUCCAUUUAUAGAUUAAUUGUGCGUGUUUUGUUGUAUUAGGUGCACUCAAAUUUUGUAGAUAGAAAAGCACAACACUCGGUUUUGUUUCUGGUUAAAAAUUGCACAUGCACAGCGUAUUCUAAUCAAAAUUUGCACGUUGUUUAUCUUCAAUGAGUAGAGGCUUCGUUUGUGCAAUAUGAGUGUUUAUAGACUUCUCUUUUUAAAAGUACCGGAAAAGGGGACUUCCAUUCAUUCUCAUCAUGAUUCAUUCGUGUCACAGGCUUUUAAAAUUGUAUGAAAAAUUGAUUUUUUUUUUUCAAAUUGAAUGGAUCAAUUUUCGUUUUUGAAAACGUACAUUUUCCAAAAAUGCAUAUUCAAAUUUAUGAAUUUGCACAUUUGUUAAUAAUUUAUUUAUGAAUUUAAAUUAUCGUCGCAUCUUCGGCAUUUUUUCAAUGAAAAAACUUUGAUCAAAUUGACUGGCAGCAUCAUAGCACCGAAUAUCUUUUAAGCAACACUAUGCCAUCAAAUAUCCAGCAACGACCAUGAGCUCUCAUAGAAGUCCCCUUUUUCGAAGCUACGUCUCUUUUGUGAAUUGUAGUCCAGGAGAAAUACGAAACGUUUCGCACGUUAUCGAUUCUCUAUUAUUUAUUUUAUUAAUUUAUUUUUUUAAAUUAUUUUUCAAUCUUAGGCGGUACGGUGGCAUGAAUUAAAAAGGUGGGUAUCAUUCAUUUCCCUGAUUUUGGUUCGUAAUCGGUAACAACUUCAUUUCAUUCCAUCUGAAUAUGUAGAAAGAGAGCGCUUACGUUCAUAAAGGAGACUUACUCGUCACCUUUCAUGUUGUACUUUCUACAGAGUGAUCCAAAAGUCCCGUACCACUUCUAUAAUUUCAAAUGUUCUUGCUCCUUUUCAAGGUGGACCCUUCAAAAUUUUAAGCUGCCUCAAAGAUCGUUUUUUUGACCUAGGAGCACUCAGAAAAUGCCAAGCCUCCAUCUCAAUUUGUCUAAAAGUUACAGGAAUUAUACUUGAAGCUAGUGGUGAGGAACUUUUGGAUCACCCUGUAUGCAUUUUCUUUUGGAGAAGUUAGUAAGGAUAUUACCGAGAGACGACCUCAUGAGGGAAAAUAUUUAGAUAUGCUCUGUAGAUAUGCACUCACGUAAGAGUAAAGCGUUAAGUUCCUUUUCGUAUUUUUAGUAGUUUAUAUAGUUAAUUGAAAAUCUAGUGAAAAAAGUAUUGUAAAUAUUCUAAAAUAAAAGAAGAUACAGCGGAUUUAUUGAAAAAGAAGCAUUUUGUGGUAAAUCGAGCCAUUCGGCGCAAUUAUUUACAAUGCGUGUUCUAGGGAAAAUUUGUGCCCAGAAUAUUCUCGUUAGGGGAGUAAGAAAAUUGUUAUGGGCGAAAUUUUUGGGGGAAUAAUUACCUAAGUUCGAAUCGGCUUUAGUUUAUUGACGUGACUUAACUUUCCAUCGUUUUUGAACGGACUUUCUAUCACAACUACCGAAAAGUUCAGUCCCUUGAACAAACAAAAGCCGGUGAGUUCUAUUGAACCAAAUAUUAUUUCCGUGAUAUCAAAAACAGAUUCUGGGCUUUACAUUCUAUUCGUAGGUUAUUCUAUAGUCCUAGAGCGAAGUCUGUUCCCUGUUAUGAAAAUUCGAGUUUUGAUCUCAUCAAACUUUCAAAAAGCAUAGAAAAAUGAAGAAUAGCGUACAUAAUUUAAAGUCCAUUGUUAUCAUAUCGCACAGCAAAACUUGCUGAGAAUGUAUUUUCUUUUUCAAUAAUAGCCCUAUAAGGUAUGUCAAUAUCCUCUCAUUUUAUCUUGAACGACUGCUUGAAAUUUAGUAUUUAUUUAGACAUAUUCUCUAUUCAUUAAUUUAUCUCACUGAUUAAUUAUUUACUUAUUUGUUCUAGUAGUACUGUGAUUUUUUGUACCGCGUACUCGUAGAGUAAUCGCGUAAUAUUUUCUGUAAGAGAGAUGGAAAUUUAAUCUUAAUGUGCGAGAUAUCUCAUCAGUAUGUUUUCCCUCUCUUUUUAUCUUUUAUUUAUUUAUUCAUUCAUUUUUAAUAGUUUGGAGCUUGAUCUGAAACGUAGUUUAAAAAAAUCAGAUUAGAAGUUGUAUGAAGCAAUCUCCACUUCCAGAAAUCCUCACUUGAUGAAAACUGUUCGUCAAGUCUCCAAAUUUCUGCAUUCUCCGUACUUUUUUCUUUCGGACAGAGUUUUUUGAUGUCUAGGUUUUUUCAAUUGAGUAACGAUGCAAAAAUAAUCAUCCGUGAAUUUAUUUUAGUUUACUUAAGAAGAAAGGAAUCACGACACUAACUUAAGGUACUUAAGGUACACUUAAGCUUUGUGUUCCACUAUGGAGAGGUAAUCGUAUAUUUAGAGCAAUUUAGUGUGUUUAAUGAUCAUACCGUCUACACAUCCCGGCGACCUAAAAAUCGCGACUCUCACAACAGAUUCAGACGCAAACCUUGGAUCUACCCAACCUCCCUCAUCUUAAUUAUAGUUAUCUUCCAGCUAGUUGCCCGGCGCGAGUGCAAGAAUAAUUUUGCAGUGCAAGACUCAGGCUUCAAGCGAUAACCCUCGACUCUAUUUGUAUGCUCCUCUUCUUUUAAUUAAUUAAUUGGCACUCACGUAACGCACGGCUUAUCGACUUGCCUCUCUCAUCAGUUUAUUUCAGAAUAAUUAAUGACUGGAUUUUAUUGAAAUUGAGCGAUUACGCGCUUGCAAUCCGAUGCGCUGAGAUUCGCUUGCAUUCGGGAUGCACCCAAUCUUGCAUGCUAUUAUUUUAUGCUUGUACGAUUAAUCAGUGGCACGAAGUCACCAUGUGACGGACGAUUUUUAACCGUCAAAUGCAAUGCACAUACAUUAGGAAAAUUUUAUCGCAAUCUCGGUUUCAAUGCGCGAUGAACCUGGUUGUUGAUUAUACUGCAGAAAAUGUCCUCAACCUAAUUUCUCCAUAUUAGAUACUUGUUUCCCAUUGUAACAGUUUUUGUCCAUAUUUUCAACUUCUAUUUUAAACCAGUUGCUUACUCAGGCACUUGUAUAUCCUACUGAUGCAUGGGUAAAAAACCCUGGACCAUACUUAGUUAAGACCACACUAUUGGGAAUUCCAAAUUCUAGCAGUAAUGAAAUGAACGCCAGCAGUAUCUUACAUCAUUGUAUCAGAAAUUGGGCAUUGCAUGGAGAUUGUUUCUACCUUUUUUUCGAUUUUUUAAUUUUAUUUAUUAAUUUUCCUUUCUAAAAGUUUCUCAAUGGUUUGUACAGACAAAGACAAGGCUGUGAAACAUGUAAUAGUGCUAUAUUUAGGUUUAUUUUUAAGGAAGAAUGUGUAAUGCAACGCAAUAUAUGUCAUCUUUAUCGUGUCAACAGUGACAAAUCAAAGCUUAUUGUGAACCUUGACUUUGGACCUCAUAACUUCAAAUGAAGCAACUGAAUUGAGUGACUCGACAAAAUUUCUUUGAUAAUAUCGCAAACACUGUCGGUACAAGCGUAGGCAUUUCUGAAAAAUGUUUCGUUCGUUUAUCUUUCAGAAUUUUUAAGUUCAUCGCAUUACCGACAUAAAUAUGAGGAGAUGGAAUGUUUCUCACCAAUAGUAUACCAAGAUUCUUUUAGUAAAGGUACGAUCUGUCGUGUAGAUGAGUUGUCGUGAGGUUGCACGUCCAAGAGCACACAGUAGAUGAAAGAAUAGUAAUUAGAAAAUGCAUUCUAUCAAUUUUUCAUAACCCCCCUCGAGUUUUUAAAGCACCGCUACAUUUUCCAUGAAGUAUCUGUUCACCUUUCGGUAUCUGAAAUCACCUAACUAAAAAUUUCCACGCAAAUUCAUUACGUUAGAUUAAUUUAAUAUACUUUUAAGAACCUCUUCAUUCACGCGCCAGACGGUCGAAAAGGGUCAAGUUGAACAGCAAUAUAUAUUUUCCUCAUCUGAGCAUUAGAAUACUGCACUCUCCUUGUUAGGAGAGCAGUAAUUAAACGUCAUGUAUUCACAAUGACAGUAAUUUCUCAGUUGCCACAAUAGCAUCUAUAAGGGUAUCUUGUGAGUCACGCUUUCAAGAACUACAUUGAUUCUAUUUCCCAUCGUGUUAUGCUUUUCGCCAGUAAAUAUUACUAGUUCUCUCUAAAUCGUGGGUCAAUAAUAAGUCUGGUUAUUCAAGUAGAGUAAAUUAAUAAUAAAACUUUUUUUUUUAAUUGCUCUGUAAACCCGACGAAAGAAGAAAGCAUGUCAGUAUUGUCAGUCUCUCCGACUGAUAAAAACAUUGGAUCUGGAAAAACAAUAUCCGUUUCCCGUCACUUUUUGUCUGAAACAUUCUCAUUUUGCAGCACUUUCAAUAUCGGAUCUAGUGAUUUGACAACAAUCCAUCGAAGAAUCAAACGGGGCCUUAGCAAACGCCUUGCCUUUGGGAGCAUUAAUUACCCCCAGCAGUGAAGAGGAAAAGAAGGGUCAUAAACGAUCUCGCGCCGAGUUUAUUGGUCCUCCGAGAUGCAAUUAGACGCGAACUCCGUGCAUUAGAGUCUGGUCACGAAGCAGUGCGAUUUUUCGAACGUCUCGAAUUAAAAAAGAAAAAAAAUCUCGAAAUGCCUCAGCCUAAAACUUCAAGUCCGGGUGUUUAUGAUCCGGACGCAAUACGCGUGCGGUGGUUUAGUUUCAUGAAUUUGAUGGACAAAGUGAGUACUCCACCGAAUACCUUUUUUAAAAAAUAAAAAUAGCAUUGUGUUUAAAUUGAGAUGAUUAAAUUAAAAUCGUUGAACCAAUGGAGCCAAAGACACUAGGGAGCACACAUUAUGCUCCCUACUAAUUUCUUUCAAAAGUUAUUCCGAACGUUAAAUGUUUUCUUGCUGUAUUUUGCUGAUCGGCGAAACGCUAUGUUUACGGAUUAGGUGUUACUUUAGAAAUUUUUAAACCAUAUCGUGCGACACACACUCAAAUGAAAAACAAAUAGUAAAUAAAGCAACGAAUGAAAGUCAUGCAAACUUUUUUAACCUUAAGUAUACAUUUCCAGAAUCGAACUGGGUAUCUAGUAACAUGAAAUAAGCUACAAACUAGAUAAAUUCUAUGAAUUUUUACAAAUUUAAUCUGGUAAAAAUUGCGUUUAAAAAAAAACACUAUUUAUGAACCAAACUUAAAAUUUACAUUUUUAUUGACGUAUGAACUUUCAAUUUGACCCGAAAAUUUUAAUUAUUUGCACACAUUUUGGUUCUCUUGAUCGUAAGAAAAACCGCAGAUGAGCGCGAUUCUUCCCACUGAGCGACACCUCUUGAAUCCCUUUUUAUUCCCAGAUCGGCCGAAACUCGUAAAAAUUUGCACUAUAAAAUCGGCCUCCCCAGGCCGCAUCAAUAAAAAGAACAGCGCGCAGAUAGGGAUUCCUCUAACUCGGUACCCGUUUAAUUGGUGAUGCUCAUUAGUACACCUCACAUCGCGAUGCUCUUUCGGUUUUCCGUCGUUUAGAGCCGUGAUUCUGCGGUUUAAUUUAUCGCUUUGCAAAUUUGCAAUUGCAGGUUUGUUUUCGGAGGAAGUCUGGCCGUAAGCCGACGCGAACAUGGGAACCGUCUGGUGCCCAGACAGAGGGUCAAGGCAAAGUGAUUUCAUCAAGUGAUAUCGAUUGAUUGCUUUCAUCGAUGCCUCCUUCGUCAAUUCGGCAAAGGAAACCAAACAAGUUAGAUCGUAACCAAAUCUUCAUCACCAUAUCCCCAAAAAAUCUUCCAAAAAUUUUCUCAAGGCUCUUUAGGAUUUUUUUUUAAUGAAUCAAUAAACAAUUUUGCCGGUUCAUUUUUUAUUUUAUUCAUAUGAGACUCCUUCAUAUUAAAAUGAUUUUUCAUUUGAAUGUGACUUUAUGUAACUCAAAAAAUUUACCGAUAAUGCGAUGAAUUUUUCUCCUUUAGUCUAUGACUACGGUCCUUUAGACGGUAAUCAUCAUACUUUAAAUCUGAACUGAUCAGUUUGACCGUAGCGUAUUAAGAUAGUUCGAAACAUAGAUGUCCAUUCGACACAUAUCUUCGUAAAUGAUAUAUUUCUAGUAUAAUUAAAUUUUAUUUAUUAUCGUUAUGCUUUUUUAUUUUUAUUUAUAUUUUUUUCUUUUAAUAUUUUUUAGAUGUAUGUAAGUAGUGCUUCGACGUACUCAGCGCCGGCAAGUGCAUUGAGGAAUGCGUUUGGGCUAGAUAUCACCUAAUCAUUGUGUUGUUGAAACGCAUUUUAAUUUUGUAAAAAUAUAGUAGGUAAUUUUUUUUAUAGACGUUUUUCUCCUUUUAAAAUUAUUAAAUGUCUUUAUUCUGUAUAUGUAGUUAAGGGACGAUUGUGUAACCCGUGUGUGGUGAGCAGCUUAUGCGAGCCACUCCACUGUAAUAUAGUAAUGCACACAUUCGAAGACAGCUAAUAAUCCAAAGACUGACAAUGCUUUUCAUACUAACUUAAGUUAAUAUGUAACUUAGUCUGUACAGUAAUUUCACUUUUGUCUACUUAUAUGUAAUAAUUUAUUCUCAUGUAUGUUGACUUAGUUAAAAUUUGUAAAUAUUCUGAUUUUCAAUGUAGAUGGUUUAAUAAAAACAAAGUUGUUUAAAAAAUAA